AUGACCGUUGAUGAAGUUAUACUCCUACAUGAUCCAAAUGGGGAAGCAAUUGAAAUGGAUGAACCAAUUGAUGAUGGAUUAUUGCCAGAGCAUCAUGAAUCCGAAGAAGAGCAUCAUGACUUCGAAGAAGAAUCUACAGAAGAUGAGUAUGAAACCGAGGAGAAUGAUGAGGAGGAGUUCGAAGAAGAAAUAGAUACUGACUAUCAGAAGAAGCUCCUCAUUUUUGCAGCUACGCUUAUAAGAACUUCAUUUCUGUUAGUUGCGUCCACUGUGAUUUCAUUUCUUAACAUUGAAGAUAUGGCUCGUGGCAGAGGUCGAGGUAGCAUGGGCCGUGUAAGCAAGUCCUCAACUAGAGGUCGAGGUAACAUGCCUACUGUUCCCGUUCCCACAAUUAGUUCUCAACAAGGUGGUACCCAUUCCUCAGGUGGGCAAGACCAAGUUGAAACAUGUCCUACUACUACGCCACCCAUUCAAACAUCAGGUCAUGGUAGUACCCCAUCCAUUUCUAAAUCAUUUCCUAUAAUGCCUAAUGAUAGCAACGUAAUAGGCGAGGGUACAUCUACUCAGAGAAAUGCAAUAGGUGAAGGUUCAUCUGCUCAGAGUGAUGCAAUAGGUGAAGGUGAGAACAAUAGUAACGUGAAGCAGACACUUAUUUUUCUUUCUCCUUCAGGGUUGAAACCAUCGAGAUUAUGCUCUGAGAUGAUACCUGAGAUUUUCAAGAAUGAAGUUGAGCCUAAUGGAGUUAACUGGAAAAGUGUCUCAUAAGAGACAAAAGAUUUUUAUCUCGGAGAAUUCGAGAAGGCAUUCUAUUGGGAUUCUUCGAUUGAUAGUGAAGUAAGGAAGCAAUGGCGUAGAAAGGCAGCGAGAAUGUACUGUGAUUUCGUUAGCACAAUAAAAGGUGAGGGGAUUCUGCCUGUUUAUGUUCCGAAAUAAACAUGGGAAAGUUGGAAGAAAUAUUGGGAAGAUCCUAAGGUUGUUGAAAAAGCGAAAAUAGCUUCAAAAAAUCAUCGUGGCGAUGAGGGUGCAAUUGCCAGUGGGACUCACAUGGGCGGCUUUAUUUCCAUCGGAGAGCAUCACAAGAGACAUGUAAGUUAAUUCUGUGGCUUUGGCCUUUGCCUAACUAAAUUUCGAUCAUGAAGGUGAAUGCCUCAUCAGUUGCAGUAUGUUUAUGUUGGC